ACCUAACAAAGUCGUUUAAUCUUCGUUACUAGUAUUGGAUUUGCAGAGUGAACAAUUCCCGCUGUAUGAAAAAACAUUUUUUUUUUAUGGACAACCUUUUAUUUGGUGCAUGCUCCAUAAUUUCGGAGGUACUUUGGGGAUGCAUGGUUCGUCUGAAAAAGUCAACAAAGAUAUAAGUCAUGCCCAAUCAAAAGCCAAUAACUCCAUGGUGGGUGUAGGCAUUACACCCGAAGGCAUUAAUCAAAAUUAUGUAAUGUAUGCACUAGCAUUGGAAAGGGGUUGGGAAAAAGAUCAAUAUAAUCUAACAGAGUGGUUUAAUCUUUAUUCUGAUUCACGAUAUGGCACCCACACACACUAUUUGCACCAAGCUUGGCAGCUAUUAAGACGAUCAGUUUAUUCAUACAAUGGAUUAAAGAAAAUACAUGGAAAAUAUAUAAUUGCGCGUCGCCCAUCUAUACAUCUUGAUGAUUCUAUGUGGUACAACAUUUCAGAUAUCUAUGAGGCAUGGUCCCACAUACUUAAAUCUAAAUGCGACAUUCCUCAUAGUCACAUCAACGAAUAUGAACACGAUUUAGUCGACAUAACUAGGCAGUACUUACAAAUAAAAUUCGGGCAAUUAUAUAAGAAAAUGAUAGACGCGUUUAAAAAGAGAAAUUAUGUUGAGUUUGAAGACUUAACCGACACUAUGUUGACUAUCUUAUUUGAUUUGGAAAAUAUUUUAUCAACAAAUAAAGCAUUUUUGCUAGGAAAUUGGAUUGGAGGUUCUCAUAGUUUGUCGACGAAUGUGAGAGAAAAACUAAUUUUUGAGUUCAACGCUCGUAACCAAAUAACACUAUGGGGACCAAAUGGAGAAAUAGCAGAUUACGCAACAAAGCAGUGGUCCGGUGUUGUCGAAGAUUACUUUUAUCCUAGAUGGAAACUGUUUUUUGAUUACCUUAGAUAUUGUCUACACAAAACCCAGCCCAUUAACCUAACUCUUAUUACCAAUGAUAUAUUAAUUUUAGUGGAAAUCCCCUUCAACUAUCAACGGAAAAUAUAUCCGACAAUCCCACGCGGAAAUGCAUACCAAACAUCAAAAAAAAUUUUUUUGAAAUGGUAAUUCGAUUCAAUGAUUAUAAAUUUUAUUGCGAGUAGUAGAAGUUGUCAACAAUGGAAGAAAUGCGUGUUUCUUCUGACUUCUUGAUUUGGAUUUAUGGAGACCACAAUAGUCCUUAAGCAUGUAGUGUUAAAUUUCUCACUUAUGUUUACUUCAUGGUUUCUUGGAUUGAAUUACAAAAUUUGAUGGUUUCAUAUUUGCUAAUAAAUGUAUAAAACCUAAUAAAAACUGCUUGUAGAUGUGUGCGCAUGUAUGAUAUGAACACAAGGGAUGAUAAACUUUAAUGCUGCUGGAGACGCAUUGAUAAUAAAGAAUAUUCUCACAUAAACAUGCCCUCAGCUGGGGAGUAAAUAUAGAUCACGACAAUUGUGUGUUGUGUUAGGCCUUUGCAUAAGAAUUAGAAAUGUCAAGUGUUGUAAUCUUAGGCAGAAGCAUAAAAUUAAACCGCCCUUUGAGAUAUGUUUUAUCUUAGCACUUAAGUAAUAUAUUUUUUUCUCAAUAAAAUUAAAAUUCAACUGACAAACGAA